AUGCUGACAGGUCAUGGCCAUAGAAGCGUUCAGGACCCUACAAAGGCUGGCAAGGCCAGUAGCGGUGACCCCGACAGCGGCGGCGACGGCGACACCAGUGGUGGCACCAGACGGCGACACGAAAGCGACCCCGAUCAACGCUACGAUCGUUCGUGCACAUGGGAGCCCGGUAAACCGUGCUGGCUUUCGGGUGAUCUAGAACCAUGGAAUCAACUGCUUGCCAGGGGCUGCUUCGAGCUGUCGGAGCACGCUUGGACCGAGUUGACCAUAUCUGGGUUUGCAUGGCCCGAGCUCGGUCAGCCCAGAGUUUCAGAUCUGCUUCGAGUUUCACUACUCAUACACUUUCUACUGCGCCAGCACAGAUGCGUGAAGCGCGUCAUUAUCGACUUCGACAUAAGCUCGCUGCAAGAUGUCAUGUUCUGGGACGCCAUAAAGAACGGAACGGCUGCCCUCACCUACUUGGAAUUCCAGCUGACGAAAGGCUGUCAAGUGGGCGAAGUUCCAAGGGCUGAAUGCAUUCGUUGGGCUGAAUCCAUUUCCACUCUGAGAUCCCUAGAGUCUUUAAGCAUUUCGCGUGUCUACUUCGAAGGAGAAAGCGCUGAGCGGUUGGCAGACUUCCUGCAGGAAAGCUCUACGAUCACCACUCUCUCUAUGGAUAAUGUGGAGCCCGUUGGUGACAUUCCCGGCACAUUCCUGGAAGCUCUCGCUAUGAACAGGACGCUCAAGAAGUUGCGUCUGUGCUAUACGCUUUUGAGGGCACGAAACGGUGAAGCCCUGGCGACCUUCGUCCGCAACCACACCGCCAUCGAAAGCAUUGAGGUGACUGGGGUGGAACACUUUUCCCCGUCAGCCCUCCUGAAAGCGGCAGUGCAGAGCCCGAGUCUGAGGCGUCUACGCAUCAACUCGUGUACCAUCAAAGCCCAUGAUAUCGAGGAGAUGGCCAACGACCUGACUUGGCCGCCGGUGUCUCCACCAGCUUGCGAAAACUUGUUGCCAGGACCAGGUUCGCCGUCGAGAAGCCUUCAGGAACUUGGAUUCUACAGCUGCUUCGGUUGCGACCCUGCUGUGGAAGGAGCCUAUGCAUCCCUGAUCGGAGGUGGCCUGCUCAGCCUCACGGUGUCCGCCUGCUUCCUGCGAGAGACGUUUGCGACCGCUGCGGCACUGAACCUGCGCAAUGACACCCGUUUGAAGAAACUAGACGUCAAGCAGAACUUCAUCGGUGUGGGCGCGUUGUGCGAGAUGGUCGAGGCCAUGCAGGUGAACAGCAGUCUCGGAACGCUUGCCUUCUCCGUCGUAGGCAGGCAGACCACCGGCGUGAUGGACCCCUUUUUUAACAUCAUCUGCCAUCUCCAAGUUUCCUCUCGUUUGGAUAUCUCCUGGAAUGACCCAAGCGGCGUCGACUUUGCUGAGGGCGUUAAAUUGUGCAAGACCAGUUCUGUCUUCUGUGAGCUUAAUAGGCGGGCGACCGACGACGCUACGGUUUUGCUGAACGCCGUGGCAUCCAGCCGCAGCAUUUACAAAGCCAAACUGGAAUGCAGCUACCUCAUGAAUCAUGCUGUGCUUCAAAAGCUGGUCGAUACCUUGGCUGCAACGAGGUUCUUGAGACAUUUGAAACUGAACACCGAUCUAACCGGGGAAGACGGUGACAACCUGCUCAAUGCGCUCGCACGCAAUGACAGUAUCCGCGUACUCAAGAUAUCAAACUUCACUUUCGACGACAGCGUCAUGCUGCCGCUGGGCCAUCUGGUCAGAGACAACCAGUGCAUCAACUUUUUCACCAUUGCCUUCACGGACGACAACGAGGGUGCGAAACAAGUGCGACCAAUCUGCCGCAUGCUAAGCGUGUCCAUUCCAGGCAACCGCGCGCUCGUAUCUCUCGAAGUGAAAGUGGGCGGCUACAACUACGCCAAUGAUUUCGCCAUCAAGGCAACUCUGCGACGUAACAUGAUGAACGUCCACCAGGCCGCCCGCUUCGUCAACGGCUGCAACGAAAGAAGGGCCAUUCUGGCCUUCAAAGAACUGCAACACUCGCACUCGCUGACGAAGGUGCUGACCCUAGACUUCAACCUGCCCGAGGAAGAUGCGCUCGCGAAGAUACGCGAUGCCCGCACUCGGCUCGCUGCCAUUUCUUCAUCUACACCGGCCUCGUCAAGCACAGUGUAGCCUGUGAGCGAGACCUCAGGGGGCGACCCACACUGGAAACUCCCGGAAUAGACCUUGUUCUGCGCGUUUACAGUUAUCUCAAACUGAGCUACGUGGACGAGACCUAAAGGACCAAAGCGAGGAUUCCCGGCCCUGUCAAUUCCAUGAGAGCGGCAUCUCGUUAACACAGUAUCAGCGCCCCAUUUUAAACAUUGGGUGUGUUCUUGUUUACGUGCUUUGCGGUGCUGGAGUGCGUGACCUACAAAUAAAAAGGAGAUGUUUGGCUUUAGAGUUUCUUCACCAAGCAGAGUUAUCAUGCACUGCAGUUCUGUAGUAAAAUGAGUAGUCUGCUACUGUCAGUCGCAUAGACAUUUCUAUAGAAGGACUUUAAGGCGUUGUUUGACUUCUGCAAAGUUGGGUUUCCAAACGCAAUUGCGCUUUUUAAUUCCUGCUGCCGGCGUGCUCAAGAAAUUCCAG